UGGCCACUUUUCUUCAAAUGAAAGUGAAAGUCCACUGUAAACGCUGUGGCUUCUGCAAUGUUUAAUCAUUGUUCAAUUUGCCAUCCUUUAGAAACAUUUAUCACCAGACGUAAAAAGCCCAUUAAAGCGAUAAGCACUUGGGCACUUACUCAAGCUUGAGUUAUCAAAAAUAAUGCCGCAGGAUAAACGUGGACUGAUAUGAGCGGUUCAUGGUGCUUCAAACACCAAAAAAUCACGUUUUCCUCAAGAUAAGCCCCAGAAUGUGCGAUAAACACUCAACACCACUUAGCUGCAUCCUUGCAUCUUCAAAUCGAUUAGUCCAAGUGGUGCAGCACACAACGAAAACAGUCAAGAUGGAAAAGUUGCGCUUAGCCUCAAUUUUCCUUUGCCUCUGUUCAGUUUCCACCUACGCGGGGCGUGCAGGACCGGCGAUUUUAGCCUCCAAGGGGGCGAUUUGGCCCAAACCUCAACUCCAAAACGUUUCCGAAGACUACUUUGUUUUGCUGCCCAGAGCUUUCGCUUUCAAAGCCUCAAACAGCUGCAGUUUCCUCACAUCCGCCCUGGAACGAUACUGGGACUUGCUGCAGCAAAACUCUGCGCGUCUCAACCAGAAACUCGCCAAAUUCUCAGAACAAACUGGAGGGUUUCUUGGGUACCUUGGGGAACUGGAGGUGAAUCUGCGCGGCGCUUGUGUGGACGAUGAGUAUCCCAGCCUGUCCAUGGAUGAAUCUUAUGAGCUCUGGGUCACCGCAUCCAGAGCGGAGCUUCAAUCUGAGACCAUUUGGGGCGUUCUUCGAGGACUGGAGACGUUUUCGCAGCUGAUUUACCUUGGAGAGGAUGGCCUGACGCUUCGAUUGAACGCCACCACCAUCGAAGACUUCCCCAGAUUUAAGCACCGCGGGCUCCUGCUGGAUACAUCCAGGCACUUCCUGCCUCUGGAGUCCAUCCUGCAAACCCUGGACGCUCUGGCCUACAACAAAAUGAACGUCUUCCACUGGCACAUAGUGGACGAUGAGAGCUUCCCCUAUGUGAGCCAGAGGUUCCCAGAACUCAGCCGCCUUGGGGCCUACAACCCGCACACCAAAGUCUACACGCCAGAAAACAUCCAGACUGUGAUCGAAUACGCUCGUCUACGGGGAAUCCGGGUGUUGCCAGAGUUUGAUACUCCAGGCCAUACUAGCUCAUGGGGGCUGGCGCAUCCGGAGCUGUUAACCCCCUGCGACCAGCUGAAGACUUCCGGUCCAAUGGACCCCAGUAGAGAGGAAACUUUCGAGUUCCUGCAAAGCCUCUUCAGCGAGCUUCGGGGAGUCUUUAAGGACGAGUUUAUCCAUCUGGGCGGCGAUGAAGUCGACUUCAGUUGCUGGAGGCAAAGCGAGAACAUCAGCAACUUGAUGAAGGACCUCAACAUCAGCAGCUACGAGGGCGUGGAAAGCUACUACGUCCAGAAAGUAGUGGAUAUGGCAGAAGGUCUGGACUAUAAGCAGAUCGUUUGGGAGGAGGUUUUUUCCAAUGGAGUCCAUCUGGGCAACCACACGCUGGUUCACGUCUGGAAAUCCUGGACAGACACCAUAAAAGAAGUCACUUCCGCAGGAAAACAGGCUCUGCUAUCAGCCUGUUGGUACUUGGACCAGCUGGCCUCUGGAGGAGACUGGACGGACUUCUACCUGUGCGAUCCAAUGGAUUUCGAUGGAACGCCUGAGCAACAAGAGAGGGUUUUAGGGGGCGAGGCCUGCAUGUGGGGCGAAGUGGUCAAUGAGUACAAUGUCAUAUCCAGGACUUGGCCCAGGGCGUCUGCCACUGCCGAGAAGCUUUGGUCGGCACCUUCGGGUACCUACAAACUGGACGAACCAUCCAGCCGAUUGGAGGAGCACACGUGCAGAAUGAAUAGGAGGGGAAUUGGGGCUCAGCCUCCAAAUGGGGCCGGAUUUUGCGACUAGAGUUUCUCCUGAAAGGAGGCGUAGGAGUAUUUUUGUUUGGCAAGCAAUAGGCAAGAGUUUACGACAGGAA